UCACGUGGUGAGAGUCUAUGCGAAAAAUAAAACCUGUGUGGGUUUCAGAAUAUGGGAGAAAUCGCCUCACUAUUGAGGAACCAAAGUUAAGUCCUCCAAGGAGGUCAUGCAUCAAGAAGGCUUGGGCGACUCAAGAAAGCUAAUGGUGAUUCCUGGGUAAAUGCUUAUGUAUGUACAGACAAGGUUUGCAUUCUGACCUGCAAGCCAAUGUAAGUCGAGCUGAGUGACUGCGUGUGAAAGAGGUAUUCAAACACAGGCUCAUCUCCUUUCCCAUGUCCUCUGGAGGAGGCUUGUACGGCCGCACUGAGCGUGUCCGUCAUGUGCCACACUAUGACCAGGUCCCCCCGCGCUCCCCACAGAGUGACCACCUCCAUGAUCUCCAACCCCUGAGUCAGCUGGAUGCAGAGCUAGCUCUGAGCUCCGACCCCUUACCACCUCCCCCCCUACCAGACCACCCCCCUGUGGGGCCUGAGUUUGACUCAAGUGACAGCAAGGAUAACGUUGACCCGGAGGCUGACCCAUCUAUCGACAUAAAACCAGUCCACCGCUUCAUUCCAGACUCCUGGAAAAGCUUUUUCCGAGGCACCAGCGGGCGUAGCAGUGACAAGCCUUGGUCGAUGCCUGGCUCAUCCUCCAAUAACAACAACAACAGCAGCGAGGGUGUGCGCUGCUCACCCCCCCACUCGCCCUCUCUGCCGGGGUCCCACCGGGACCCCUAUGGGGGGUCGAGUAGCAGCUACAACUCCCGUAAACAACUAUUGGGAGGUGGGAACCACCCAGAGUCCAUUUCUGGGCGGACUUACCGUACGGGUUUGACCUAUAGCGAGCGUGUGGAGGAGUAUCAUCAGCGCUAUGACUACAUGAAGUCCUGGGCGGGUCUUCUGAGAAUUCUGGGGUGUGUUGAGCUGCUGUUGGGGGCAGCGGUGUUUGCCUGUGUCUGCGCGUACAUACACAAAGACAACGAGUGGUUCAACAUGUUCGGCUACUCCUCUCCUGGGGGUACGUAUGGGAGUUAUGGAGGAGGAGGAGGAGGGAUGUACGGAGCAGGCAUGGGCGGGUCUUACUACACAGGUCCAAAGACUCCAUUCGUGCUGGUGGUCGCAGGCUUGGCCUGGGUGGUGACUGUGAUUAUGUUGGUGUUGGGGAUGACCAUGUACUACCGCACAAUCUUGUUGGACUCGUCCUGGUGGCCCCUGACCGAGUUCACUAUAAACCUGGUCCUGGCUGUGCUCUACUUGGCCGCAGGUGUGGUGUACGUCAAUGACAUCACCCGCGGAGGUCUUUGCUCGUACCCUGUGUUCAACAAUGGCAUCAGUGGGGCCUUCUGCCGCACUGACGCAGGACAGACGGCUGCCAUCAUUUUCCUGUUCUUCACCAUGUUGAUCUAUCUAAUAGGGGCCUUCGUGUGUCUCAAACUGUGGAGGCACGAAGCGGCUCGCAGGUACCGCGAGAAGCACAGUCAAGAGAUGCAAUCGAGAGAGUUGCCUGGAACACGAGUUUUGAUUGUUCCAGAUCAUGAUCAUGGUAUUCCUGAGCAAGUCCAGCGUUCCACUGUUGUGCCCAUCCAAGCUGUCCCCAAGGUCGGCCCACCCAAGGUCCUACAAGGGGCCAUUCCCUCAGGACACAUCCCUAAACCAGUCAUCCUACCAGACUACAUUGCUAAGUAUCCAACCGUCCGCACAGACGAUGAGCGUGACCAGUACCGGGCUGUGUUCAAUGACCAGUAUGCAGAGUACAAGGAGAUCCACUCUGAAGUGCAGGCAACAGUGAAAAAGUUUGAUGAAAUGGAUGCCAUGAUGCGUAGCCUACCACAGCAGACCAACAACCCCAUGGAGUAUGAACGCGUAAACAGAAUCCUCCAAGAGUACCAGAGAAAAAAAAAUGACCCUACUUUUUUGGAGAAGAGAGAGCGUUGUGAGUACCUGAAGAGCAAACUCUCCCACAUCAAGCAGAAGAUUCAUGAAUACGACAAGAUCAUGGAAUGGAACGAUGGUUAUAACUAAACAUCUAAAGCCUCUUGAAGAGAAAAACGUGUGUGUAUAUCACAAGCAUCUAAAUAUCUUAACAAAUAUGUAUACACAGAUAAUGUUGAGAAGUUUGUGUGUGUGUGUGUGUGUGUGUGUGUGUGUGUGUGUGUGUGUGUGUGUGUGUGUGUGUGUGUGUGUG